AAGACUGAAGAUGCCGCGAAACUGCGUGUGGAAGGGACCGCAACCACCUCAUCAUGGCGAAUAAGAUCAUCAACAAUGGACUGUCAGCCUUCAUCCUGGUGAUCUGGAUGGCCAUCAACAUCUUCCUCUUUGUCUGGUUUUAUCUCUUCUACGAUCUGGGGGAUCAGUUUUUCUACACGCGUCAUCUGUUAGGGUCGGCCUUGGCCUGGGCCAGAGCUCCUGCUGCUGUGCUCAACUUUAACUGCAUGCUAGUGCUGCUUCCUGUGUGCAGGAACCUGCUGUCUCUGAUCCGAGGCUCCUUCAUGUGCUGCGGCAGAACAAUAAGGAAGCAACUGGACAAAAAUCUGUCGUUCCACAAGCUUGUCGCGUACAUGAUCGCACUGAUGACAGCCGUUCACGUGAUUGCACAUUUGCUGAAUGUGGAGUGGUACAACAACAGCAGACUAGGAGUUUACGACAAACUCAGCACUGCUCUGUCGGACCUGGAGGACACGGAAAACACCACCUACCUGAACCCGAUCCGCAAAACAGACAUCGAUCCGCAGCAGAUUCCCACCUACCUUGUCUUCACCACCAUCGCUGGCCUCACGGGAGUCAUCAUCACUCUGGCCCUCAUCAUCAUCAUCACCUCCUCCAUGGAGGUCAUCAGGCGCAGCUAUUUCGAGGUCUUCUGGUACACGCAUCACCUCUUCAUCAUCUUCUUCGCUGGUCUCGUCUUUCAUGGAGCUGGACGCAUUGUGAGGAGUCAGCAAACAACAGACCCACCACACAACUUCACCUUCUGUAAAGACCGCACUGAUGACUGGGGACGGAUUCCCGAGUGUCCGAUUCCUCAGUUUGCUGGAGGUUUUCCACAGACGUGGAUGUGGGUGAUCGCUCCAAUGGUCCUGUAUCUCUGUGAACGUCUGCUGCGUUUCAUUCGUUACAUGCAAGCCGUCAGAUACAGGAAGAUCGUGAUGAGACCGUCCAAAGUGCUGGAGCUGCAGCUGGUGAAGAGCGGUUUCAAAAUGGAGGUGGGCCAGUACGUCUUCCUCAACUGCCCGGCUAUUUCUCAGCUGGAGUGGCACCCGUUCACCAUGACCUCCGCUCCUGAGGAAGACUUCCUCAGCGUCCACAUCCGCUCGGCCGGAGACUGGACCGACAAACUCAUCGACAUCAUGCAGAAGCUGCCGGAGGGAGCGCAAGGACCAAAAAUGGGCGUGGACGGACCCUUCGGCACAGCCAGCGAGGACGUCUUUGACUACGAGGUCAGCAUGCUGGUCGGUGCCGGCAUCGGCGUCACUCCCUUUGCCUCCAUCCUCAAAUCCAUCUGGUACAAGUUCAAAGACUCCAACCCUAAACUGCGGACUAGAAAGAUUUACUUUUAUUGGCUCUGCCGGGAAACGCACGCCUUCGAGUGGUUCGCCGACCUCCUGCAGGUGCUCGAGAAAGAGAUGGAGGAGCGAGGAAUGGACCACUUCCUCACCUACAAACUCUACCUGACCGGAUGGGACCAAAGCACCGCGAAUCACGUGAAGGUUUGGGUGGAUGACGACACAGACGUGGUCACCGGGCUCAAGCAGAAGACUCACUAUGGCAGACCCAUCUGGGACAAGGAGUUUGAACAAGUUCGCAAAGAGAAUCCAACGUCUGUGGUGGGAACCUUCCUGUGUGGCCCUCAAGUUCUAGGAAAGGUCUUGGAGAAGAAAUGUGCCAAGUACUCCGACGUGGAUCCCCGGAAGACCAAAUUUUACUUCAACAAGGAGAACUUCUGAGCAGAGAGAAAGAAAGGGCACUUGGACAUUUAUCAUUCAGCAUCGAUCAAAAUAAAGACGCGGUAACAAAGAAAAAAGCAGCCUGAGGACCUUUAACACGGUGUGGUUUGUUAUUGAAGAGGUGCAGCACGGAACAUUCAUUGUCUCUUCUCAGUCGCGUAAACCACAAUGAAAUACCAAUACCAGAGUCCUCAUUGCACACUUAGAUUCAUUUAUCAGUCAAAGCUUUCUGGUGAAGUCGAAUUCCUGCUCAAGAAAAGUGUGGGUUAUUUAACCUGUCAAACGUGCUGCCGUUUCCUGAACAAAACUAUGUGUGUGUGUGUGUGUGUGUGUGUAAACCAGAAGAAAGGAAGGACAGUUCGGUCAUUGUCAUGAUCUUUUUAAGCCUUUGUUACAUAAACUGUAAGCUACUUGUGAAUAAAUGUAAAAGAAAUGUG